AAACACUCAUCACCAGAGCUCAGAAGUUCCUCAAUUCCACCGGAGGACCGGUUCCUGAAAUGUUCGUCAAUGACUGCUACUCUCUUGCCAGGAUAAGUCGCUGUCACACAAGGCAUAGCAGUCUCUCAAGCCACAUGUUCUGGGUUCCGCAGAGAAAGCUUUCUGCUCCCCAGCCCUGCCCUGUGGGCACCUCUGACCUUCCUCUCUUGCUUCAGGUCUUUGGCGCCUUUCUCCCUGCGGAGCAACUCUUGGAAGCCAUGUGCUUCCUGGCCAGCAACCUGGUUCUUGAGAGCAGAUUCAACCCCUUAGACAUCUCCCACCUACUGCAAGAGUUCAUCAAGCAGUUUAGCGGCAAAGCAGUGGAGGUGGAGGUGCUGCUGGAGGCCUUCUAUAAGAUCACCCAGGGGCCUACAGUGGAGGGCAGAAACAUGGCCAUCUUUGCUAUCUCCGCCUUGACACACCAGCAUCUGAAGAAAGUGGUUGGAUAUCUCCUCCAGUUUCCCUUCAGAGACUGUGAGAGAGUAUGGAAGGAGGUUUUGACAUUGGCCGACCAAGAACAACUGCUCCAUCUCAUGGCCGAGCAGCUUUACCAAAGCCCCUUGGCGGAAUCUUCCACCCAAGUGCAGCAUCUCACCAGCCUGUUGCACGCCAUCCUCAGGAUGGAGGAAUACAAGGCAGCUGUGCGCCAUAACUUCCCGCAGCUGCUGAUCGCUCUCCUGGGGAUGGUUGUCAACUUCCACUAUGACCAGGAAUUCCUUGGAGGGGCUAAGGAAGUACUCCACCUCCUUCUUGGCAUGGUGAGGUAA